AUGGGGAGCCACCCCAUCUCUGGGCUCCAGAAAACCAUGUCAACUGGGUGCCGACUGCCCGCCCCCAGGCCAGCAGCCUCAGCCGCCCCCACCGCCCGCGGUGGCCCUGCAGCAGGCAGGAGGCCCGCUGGCAGCCGGGCCACGCGAGCUGGGCAGGAGGCCCUGGCUGCCAACGGCGUGCAGCGGGACCAGCUGUGGGUGGAGCUCCUGGAGGCCGAGAAGCGGAGCCAGCGGCGCUGGGCUGAGAACUGGAGUUUCCUGAGCGACUACGACCCCAUGGGCAAUAAGAAGGAGCCUGGGAAGCUGCCGGAGCAUGUGCCUCUCUUUUCCGACAUGGUCCCCCAUUCCACGAACCGGGUCGUGGGCAGCAGGCUGGACACGCCUCUGGGGAAAACCCUCACCGGCCUGGACUUCCGCUUCGUGGAGGGCGUCCGGAAGCAGCAGCUGGACGAUGAGCUGCAGCCUGUCUAG